CACGACAACAACAGAGAGAAGAAAGCAAGCAAGCAAGCAAGCGAGAGACUGAAGGGGUUUGUGGCGAGAAUUGCUCCGGGAUCGAAGUCAUUUGGCUCGUCGGAUCGGUCGGCAGGAUUUUUCUUUAAUCUGAUUAUUCACUGUGUUAUUGAUCUCAACCUGGUGAGCUAGACCGAAGGGAGUCUUGAGGGAGGUCUUCCACAGGGUUGUCCUAUUCAUAAACGAUGUUUCCUUCUUACCAAUACACGGGACCAUACUUUCAAAAUUUUCCUUAUCAGAAAGAGCCUAAUUCCUACCCGUGUCAAUACUGUUCUGGCUGGGGGUCUGUAAGACCAUCAGCAUUUGUUCCUUCUCCUUCCCAUGAGUUCAACCAGCCGAAUUUGAGAGAUCAUAGUGGCUGUUGCGGUCACGGCUUUCCUCCUGGUUAUUAUGGCCUGAGUCCGCAAUUUUGUCCUAACGUUCAGCCACCAUCUCAUCCGCAUUACUAUGGACCCUAUCUUCCUUACCCCUCUUCAUAUCCUGCCUAUUUUGUCCCCCAUCCACAUAACGCAGUUAAUUGGACUCAGCAUGAUUAUGACAAUACUCACAGUCAUUGUUGUCGGUGUCCAAAUAGUUCGUGCUAUCGAAAAGGUGAUACUGCUCCAAAGAUUGAAGAGGCAGUACCUGAAAAAGAGCUGGAUAGGGGCUCUUCUGGUUCUGAUCGUCCGCCAAACUACUCAUCGCCAGUUGUUUGGGUCCCUGUUAGUUCCAUUAAGGAUAGGGAGGCAGGCAAAGAUACUCAGCUGCAGCCUGGGUACUUGAAUGGUUCGGUGCCUUUGGGCAUUGACGGCUCCAAGGUAUCGAGUCAAGAAGAAGAACGGAAGAACGAGAAUAAAUGGCCACAGCAGUCAUUUCCAGUAAUAUGGAUGCCAGGUUAUGAUAAACCACAGGAAGCUGUGACUAAUUUGAAAGAAAUUACUCCAGGCUCUGUUAAAGAACCAGAAAAGCUUAAGAUUAUUCCUCUGAAGCUUCUUGGAAAUGAUGACUAUGAGAAGAAUUCAAGAGCCUUGGAAGAAUCCAAAAAUGAAGUACAGAAAGAAAUACCAGGGGAAAAGGAGAGCAAAACAAAGACAAUUCCUGUGAAGUCGAUGGAAGAGAGAAGUCAGAAGAAAACUAGCUUGCCUGAAGUGCAAGAAAAGAAGGUUGAUAAAGAGAAGGCUACCAGCUUUGAGAAGAAAACUAAAGAAAUUGAAAUGCACAAGAAGUUAGAGGAAGAACGACCAUCGCCAGUGAAGUCAACGAAAUUGCGUCCUGUUUGUUUAAGAGUUGACCCUUUGCCCAAGAAGAGGAUGACAAAUGGUGCAUCAAGGUCUCCUAGUCCACCAGGCCACAAAGACAGGAAACAUCAUGAAGAGCUGUGUCCUCGGGAGGGAACUGGAGAAAAUACCUCUGAGAGAAAACAUAUUGUUAGUGUGAAAGAUAAUGGUUCAAGUAAGUCAGUGGAAGAGCAGAAGUGCCAGGAAAAUAUACAUAUUCCUGUAGGCGAUCCGUCCAAGGAACCCUUCUUCGAGGAAACGGCAAGAACUGUAGGCAGUGAAACUGGAGGCGAUAAGGAUUCUGAAGGAAGUAACUCUGCUGGAAGUAAGAAUGAUCUGAAAAUGGAUGCGGAUAAUGAACAUGAAAGGUCUUCAGAAAAUAAAGAGGUGAAGGAAGAUAGGGGAACAAAACGAGACUUAUCGCAGACCGAUGCUGCAGUGAUUAUUCAGUCUGCUUAUCGAGGAUUUGAGGUGAGAAAAUGGCAACCACUCGAGAAACUUCGAAAGAUAAGGAAGAUUUGUGAAGAAGCGGACAGUAUCAGGACACAAGUACAGACUACAGGAGUCUCUCCUGAAGAAUUGGGUGCAAAGCAGAAGACAUUUUUUGGUGAAACGCUAAUGAAUCUACUGCUGCAGCUGGAUACUAUACAGGGCUUGCAUCCUAGUGUGAGGGACAUCAGGAAAAGUGUCGCAAGGGAACUUGUCCUCUUACAAGAGAAGCUUGAUUCUUUGGGAUGUGUUGAAGAAAAGAAGCCAUCUAGCGAUGAAGAGGAAACAAGGAGUACGGCUGGGGGAGCUGCCUUUGCUAGCUCAGAUAGUUUAGCCAGGUCAGAGUCCUUGCAAGACAACAUUAGCUCCAUUGGCAGUGUGGUGACACCAGUGGAGCUUGAUGUAAAUUCUGUAGAUUUUUCUUGUGAUGGUGGAGCCUCUCUUGUUGCUAGUCUAUCUUCUCUGGAUGAAACAGCAGAAGAUAAUUGUGUGGGUAAGCAACGAACAUUGGAGUAUGUACAACCGGCAGAAGAGAACUGCAUAGAGAAGCAACCAACAGCGGAAUGUGUACAACCUGCAGAAACGAAUUGCACAGAGAAGCAAUCGACGCUGGAGUAUGUACAACCAGAAGAAGAGAACUGGGAGUAUGUACAACCAGAAGAAGAGAACUGCACAGAAAAGCGACCAACGCUGGAAUGUGUACAACCAGCAGGAGAGAAUCGCACAGAGAAUCAACCAAUGCUGGAGUAUGUACAACCAGCGCUGGAAUCUGUGCAACCAGCAGAAGAGAAUUGCACAGAUAAACAACCAAUGGUGGAGCACGUACAACCACCACUGGAAUGUGUACAACCAGAAGAGGAGAAUUGCAGAGAGAAGCAACCAAUGCUGGAGUAUGUACAACCAGCAGAAGAAAAUUGCACAGAGGAGCAACCGAUGCUGGAGUAUGUACAACCAGCAGAAGAGAAUUGCACAGAGAAGCAACCAAUUGGGGAGUAUUUACAACCAAUGCUAGAAUGUGUACAACCAGCAGAAGAGAAUUGCACAGAGAAGCGACCAAUGCUGGAAUGUGUACAGCCAGCAGGAGAGAAUUGCACAGAGAAGCAACCUGUGCUGGAAGAUGUAGAUUGUGAUAGAUCUAAUAAAAGCAAGCAUGAUGUAGAUAGCCCCACAAUUACAUCUGAGCCAGCUCAGGAUACAAGUAUAUAUUUGUCGGUCGAGACUGACCAAGCUUGUUGGCACAAGACACCUUCAGAAAGCGCAUCCUCUGGGAGCAAGGAAUCUGACCCUAAGCAGAAGAAGCUCGAAAAAAUGGCAAGAGGAAAAGAUGACCCAAUUGAAUUGGCUGAAUUUGGCGAGGCUCCACUUCUGGUCACUGAGAGUGAUUCUAAGAAAGAUGAAACCAUCGACACUGCAGAAGAUAACAAUCUGCUUUCCUCUGGAGGUUCAUCUCCUGACCGUGAUGUGAUGAAAUGCUUACAACCACAUCAGGAUGUGGAGGUCAAACGUCAGGAGCAUGAACCAGUUGGUCUUGGAGCUGGAGCUGGAGAUGAUAGUAACGGUCAUUCAGACGCCACAGCAGUAGUAAAAAAUGUUGAUGAUGGUAUAUGCAACAGUUGUAUCCUGUGCACUGAAGAAGCUAUGGAGAUUGGCAAUGUUGAAGCGACACAGCCAGGAAACCUUGAAGCAUGGGCAACAGGAACUUCUGAAGUUACUGAAAGUAAUGAUGAGAACGGAUUAAGGGUCUUUGCUGACAAAAUUGAUGGUCCCCCCACCAGUCAGCUCCUUCCUGCAGAUAAGUAUGUGGAAGAUGGUAUCGCUGAUUUUAAUGAAAGUUUAUCUGCAUCAAGCAAAGAUGGUGAAGAUCACAACGGAACAGAUAAAUCCACUUUAUAUGCGAACAAAUACGGGAAUAAAGAAGAUAGGAAAUUAGUCAGUGAAAAUGAAAAAUUGAAGGAUAUUGUAGAGAAGCUUCUAGCGGCGGGAAAACAGCAUUCGGAUGUUAUAUCUAAUCUGACAGGGAGGGUGAAAGACUUGGAAAGAAAGCUGGUACAGCAGAAGAAGAAGAAGAAGAGAAGGGCAAACGUGAAGCCAAACAGACGAGUUAAAGCCCUCUUAUGACAAAUUUCAUGUUGACAGAGUGUUGUACUGUGUGCCUGAAGAGUUGAGUCAGGAGUUCUUUGUCGAGUUACUACCGCACUAUAUAUUGUAAGUUGCGAUCCUUGUUAUGUGUUGUAUAAUUUAUCCCAGUUAAGUCUGUGCUUCAUGUUCUCUUCCAUUUCAGUCUUUGCCGAGUUACUACUGCGCUAUAUAUUGUAAGUUGUGAUCCUUGUUAGUGUUGUCUCAGUUAAGUCUGUGCUUCAUGUUCCUCUUUCA